AAAAUUCAACUAAAAAAAUCAAUUGACAAACCGCGAUAAGUCACAAGAUUAUCCUUCUCUCUUGGAUAAUGCGAAGCCCUCCGGCGAACCACUUGCAGUUUCAGAGCAACAAUCGUCUCUCUCUCAUGGCCACGGUUGCAGUAACCGUGUCCGCUGCCGGCACACGUUUACUGAGCCUCCGGCGCACGUUAACCAUAUCUAGGUGUUCUUCUUCUAUGUCCGCUUAUUCUCUGUCCUCAAAAUUGGGCCUCCCUCCUCUGCAACUCCACAGUCCUUCUCCGGCGAGAAAGCUCGCAGUUCGAGCCGCGAGAACUGAGUCCAAAGGUGUAUCUCUUGGCUUCAGAGCUCCUCACUUUCAGCUUCCUGAGCCGCUUACUGGAAAAUUGUGGAAAUUGGACGACUUUGAAGCAUACCCUGCUUUGCUGGUUAUGUUCAUUUGCAACCACUGCCCAUUUGUUAAACACUUGAAAAAAGAUAUUGUGAAGCUUUCAAAUUUCUAUAUGAAGAAAGGGCUUGGAGUUAUUGCAAUAUCUUCAAAUUCUGUAGCCACUCAUCCACAGGAUGGACCACAAUUCAUUGCAGAGGAAGUCAAGCUAUUUAACUAUGCUUUCCCUUAUCUCUAUGAUGAGUCACAAGAUGUUGCAAGAGAUUUUGGAGCUGUUUGCACUCCAGAGUUUUUCCUAUUUAAAAAGGAUGGUCGAAGGCCCUUUGAGCUGGUGUAUCAUGGCCAGUUUGAUGAUUCACGACCGAGUAAUAAUGUCCCUGUCACUGGAAGGGACUUGAGCCUUGCCAUAGACCGUGUUCUCAGUGGCCAACCGAUACCAGCAGUUCAAAAACCCAGUGUUGGAUGCAGCGUAAAGUGGCAUCCAGAGACAAAGUUGUAAUGUGUGAUGCUGGUUUUAGUUAUUUCAAGGUCGUAGUUUGCAAUGCUUUCAGGUGCGUCAUGUUUUGGUUCCAAUGGGUGAUGAUCAUUGUGAUAUCCCAAUGUAAAUUUUAUUUACUCAUGUUACUUUUUUGUUUUACGCCAGUAUUGUUGUGUGUUAUGUAAUGUUUAUUUCUGUAAUAUGACUGUUGCGUAUGUAGCGAGUUUAACUAUUGCUUAUGUAAUGUUUAAUUGUGUAAUAUAACUUUUUGUAGUCA